AGAAAGAACUAAGUCCGUCCCAGAAAAAAAAGAAGUGUUGAAAAAAAUUGACAAAAAAACACACACACACACACACACACAAAAAAAAAAAAAAAAACCGGAGAUUUAACUAUUCAUCGAAGAAAAAAAUAUAACUGAAAAAAUUAUUUAAAUAAAGAAGAAGAAAAAAACCAUAGUCAACAAACAACAACGAGCAAGCCAAGAUGGAAAGUUUUUGAAAAUUGCUUCUCUCUAAUAUUUCUAGGUGUUUUCGGCUUAAUUUUUCGGAUUCGGCAUUGUGGGAUUGAAGGGGAGUGAAUCAUGCUCAAACAGAUUCUAAGUAAGCUUCCUCGGAAAUCGUCAAAAUCGGCUAAUAAUCGCGAACACGGUGGACACCAUAAUGCUUAUUAUUCUAGUGUUUCGGGUGGUGGUUCAAGGAGCAGUGAUUUCGGGACUGGUAAGUCCGCAAAUUUGAGUGUUUCAUCUUUCGCCGUAUCUAGUCCUACGACAGAUGUUGGAUGGAAAAGUGCGGAUUUAAAGCAGAAUGGGAACCAUAUGUUGUCUUCUUACGAAGCAAUGCCUGCUUUCAAAGAUGUCCCGGCUUCUGAGAGACAGAACUUAUUUGUAAAGAAGCUUAACUUGUGUUGCGUCAUAUUUGAUUUCACCGAUCCGACAAAGAACCUCAAAGAAAAAGAGAUAAAACGGCAGACAUUGUUAGAGCUUGUAGAGUACGUGACUUCCGCGAAUGGGAAAUUUUCAGAUGUUGUGUUACAAGAAAUUGUUAAAAUGGUUUCGGCGAACUUGUUUAGGAGCUUUAAUCCGCAACCACGUGAGAAUAAAGUCAUAGAAGGUGUCGAUUUAGAAGAGGAAGAACCUUCAAUGGAUCCUGCUUGGCCACACUUGCAAAUUGUUUAUGAGUUUCUUUUGAGGUUUAUAGCUUCACCCGAGACCGAUGCAAAAUUAGCCAAAAGAUAUGUCGAUCAACCCUUCAUCUUGAAAUUACUUGACUUGUUUGAUUCUGAAGAUCCUAGAGAAAGAGAAUAUUUGAAAACAAUUCUUCAUCGCAUCUACGGCAAAUUCAUGGUUCAUCGACCAUUCAUUCGGAAAGCUAUAAACAACAUUUUUUUCCGUUUUAUUUUUGAGACCGAGAAACACAACGGAAUUGCUGAACUUUUGGAAAUUUUGGGCAGUAUUAUUAAUGGGUUUGCGUUGCCACUAAAAGAAGAACAUAAAGUAUUCCUUGUUCGGGCGUUGAUUCCGUUGCAUAAACCGAAAUGUUUAGCCAUGUAUCAUCAGCAGUUAUCUUACUGUAUUACGCAGUUUGUCGAGAAAGACUGCAAGCUUGCCGAUACUGUUAUUAGGGGGUUAUUAAAGUACUGGCCUAUCACUAAUAGUUCGAAGGAAGUCAUGUUCCUAAAUGAAUUGGAAGAAGUUUUAGAAGCAACUCAGCCACCCGAGUUUCAACGCUGCAUGAUGCCAUUAUUUCGCCAAAUUGCUCGAUGUUUGAACAGUCUGCACUUUCAGGUAGCCGAGCGGGCUUUGUUUUUGUGGAACAACGAUCACAUCGAGAACUUAAUCAUUCAGAACCGCAAAGUCAUACUUCCGAUCAUUUUCCCGGCCUUGGAGAAAAAUGCGAGAAAUCACUGGAACCAAGCCGUACAUAGCUUGACACUAAACGUCCGCAAAAUCUUCAACGAUCUUGACCCGGAGCUGUUCAAGGAAUGCUUACUCAAGUUCCAGGAAGACGAAUCGAAAGAAGACGAGACCGAAGCAAAACGGGAAAAUACAUGGAAACGCUUGGAAGAACUUGCGGAAAAGAAAGCUUUCCAUAGUGAAGCAACGGUCGAGACCAGUGAAUCGAUGGCUAAUGGCUCCUCGGGUUAGAUAUAGAUAAAAUAGAUUUUACUGGUAAUUUUUAUGAUUAUAUCAGAUUUUAUAUUGGGAUGAAACUAAAAUAUAUAUUUUUCAAUUUCUUGCACAUUACUAUAUGAGAUUAUUCUGUAUUUUAGGGUUCCAGCUUAUAUUAGUGAAGCUUAAUAAACAUUUUUGUUAAUUUAAA